AGCAAAAUGAUAAACAUAUACCAUCGUACCUACUACGUUCACUUUGUCAUAUGUAUUUGUGUGAAACUGAUAAAGCACUAACUGAUGUGCAGACAGUACUACAGUACGAACCGAAAAAUCCCCAUGUAAGCCCUUUUCCCUGUUUGCCCUUCAAGCCUCAUACAUAGGCCUUACUGUUACUCGCAGAAAUAUACUACUUACGUGGGGAUUUUGAAGAAGCAUUGCAGACAUUCCACCGAGGACGACUUCUGCGCCCAACCAUAGAGCAGUUUCUUGUUGGUGUGCACAAGUGUGAAACAGCUAUUCAGAACUCAUGUACUGAUUGCAAGAUACGUCUCACAGCCGAUUUGGACCUGACUAAUUUUUAUGAAGGAGCCUUUCCGCGCAAGAAAGCAUCACGGAAUGCGAAAAUACUUGUCACCAGAGGGAAACCACCGGAGACACCGGAGGACUUGACACCAUGGCCUACUACCCGACCAAAGGACAUACAACGGAGGUUGAUGGGACAGGGCUACAACGAGUUUACCUAUCUUGAGAAAAUGUUUGGCGAUGAAACUGAGAUGAAUGGGACUCUAAAUCGAUCCAAAGAGAACCGCAAGUCAGCAGUGCGAUGCGGCACUUACCUUGACAGACAUGCAGAUCUGUUUCACAAACUUGAUCCUGGCUUUCGACACACUAAGUCGGAUUCAUAGAAUGUGCCAAGGGGUCAAGGUCAAAUAGACUGGUGAACCGCAAACUUAAAUGCUACCCCCAUCAUCUAACGCUCAUCUGACGUCAGCACUCCUUUUCAGCAGUUAGUGAGCAAGCUGGGUUUCCCCGCACGAUCUACACAUAAUCCGGGUUUUAUUUACACGUCCGAUAUUGCCCAUUUAUUUAACGCUUGUAAUUUACCUUUUCAACUGUUCACUCAACAGUGUAUUUGUUUAUUUUCCAAAAGGAUUUUAGUCGUUUCUUCAACCCAAAAUGAAUUUUGCCAUAUGUUUCAAGGAAUUCGGACAAGAAGCUUUACAAAAAAUGUCAUCAUUAGAUGCGGAUUUCACCUUUCAACGAUAAAGUGUUUGUCUAUCCGGCUUGGUUACUGUUGUACCUUUGCUUUUCCC